AUGCCAAGUUACACAGAACACCAUUCUCAAGCCCAAUGGCCCAAACAGAACCUUCAAGACAAAUCUUCCACCUAUGAGAAGAUAUCUCAUUGUGAGGCUUUAGCUCCCAGCCACAUCCUGAACUAUAAAGCUGACUGAUGUUGCUAGCUAGCUAGCUACUUGCUCCCUCAUUCUUCAAUGGCCUAUGCUUUGUACUUGGUACCUUUAAGCUCCUUAAAAGCCACACCAGAACCAGGCAACCAUAGCAGCACUCAAGGGCUUGUUCGAAUAGAUAACCUGGUUCAAAACUCUACAACUGCUAGGUUUUUCCAUGUGAAAGCUAAGGCUGAAAAAAGUAAUGAAAGCAUAAAACCCAACAGCAUGGUUUGCUCUGAUUGUGAAGGAAAUGGUGCAGUUCUCUGCUCACAAUGCAAAGGUAGUGGACUGAACUCUGCUGAUCUCUUCAAUGGGCAGUUUAAAGCUGGUGACUCAUGUUGGCUUUGCGGUGGAAGAAAGGAGAUGUUGUGCGGAAAUUGCAACGGAGCUGGGUUUCUUGGAGGAUUUAUGAGCACUUCUGAUACUACGGCUGGCUGAUGAAGCUAGCCUUUCUCUCUGCCUUGAAGUAUGUCAUUUGGUGUACAACCUUCCUAGCUUCAUACUUAUGUACAUUGCACUAUGUAUAGAUGAUGAAGUCUAUAAGCAUAUGAAAUCUUCAAUUACAAAAUUUAUUUUUCGAAAUAUAUUCAUGACCUUGUAGCCUAUUAGUACUUGCUAUGGAUGGAAACUUAUGGGAUUUCAGAUUAUAAUGUGGAGUUUGCUGUUCGGGAUCGAAUUUGAUUGGGAA